AUGGCGCACAACGACAACAUUCUCAUCAUGGUUGACGAGGAAGACCCCGUAAACGAACUAGUAAGAAAUACGAACACGUCUCUUAUAGAACAUUCCGAGGAUGACAUACUUAUAUUUUUUUCGUCGGAUGAUGAGGAAUUCCAACGCCUCAGCAGUGACACAUGCCGACAGUCCGGGACAGGGCAACCUUUGCGACAACACGACGACGACAUCAUCGAGGUCGUAGAGGAAGGGUUGCCGUGUCAUUCUCCCCCCAACGACGGUCACAACGAGGUUAUCGAGGAAGAAAAUGGCGAGUAUGACUACUCGCCACAACAAGUUUUUUUCCUCAGAGAACUUCGUCGGAUGGAUAGUCAGAGAUAUAGGGUGUCUAACAUCGUGUACCUCUUCGGGUUUUUACAACAAUUUCUGGAGAGAGUACAGAGCAGCGUGGAUGUGGAAGACAACCUGUCACGCGGGUUCGACUCCCUCGUGGCUCAUUUGGGUAACUCGGAAAAUAUACGCCCUCAGGAUAUCGUCACCCUGUAUAUUCAUCAUCACGCCCUCAACGCCCCCGUCGCCAUACCGUUCGUCAGGUUUGAAGAACUCACGGGUGACAUCAUAUUGCGAGGUAUGGAACACGUUGCCCAGUCUAACACAUCUUUUACGUUUGACAGUACCAUGACCGUAAGGUUACACAUAGUGAGGAAUCCCGCCGCUGUAGGUAGAGGUAAUGGUCGAUUGACUAAGAAAGAGCUAAUCACGCUGGAGGCUUUUACCAACCGUAAAACCACUAGGGGUGGUUGUCUUACUAAAAUAGAGAACAGCGACAAUUUAUGUCUAGGUCGGGCUAUUGCUGUAGCCCUAUAUUUUCUAAAGCAUGCUUCGCAACCACGGGAUGUGUCCAAGAAGGAACGCAGACAGCGAUAUACAGAGCGUGAAGCGUUCCUGAGAGAUGCGGGUGUACAAACGAUAGCCACGCAUGAAUUGUACAGGCGAGCGGGUCUCCGCCUGGAGCGUGUAUGGAAGGUCGUCCCCUUGGGAGGCCUUCCAAACAUGUCUAAGGAAUGA